AAGUUGAUGAAGUUAAAGAAGUUGAUAAAGUUAUAGAAGUUGAUAAAGUUAUAGAAGUUAUAGAAGUUGAUAAAGUUAUAGAAGUUGAUAAAGUUAUAGAAGUUGAUAAAGUUAUAGAAGUUGAUAAAGUUAUAGAAGUUGAUAAAGUUGUUAAAGUUAUAGAAGUUGAUAAAGUUAUAGAAGUUGAUAAAGUUGUUAAAGUUAUAGAAGUUGAUAAAGUUGAUAAAGUUAUAGAAGUUGAUAAAGUUAUAGAAGUUGAUAAAGUUAUAGAAGUUGAUAAAGUUAUAGAAGUUGAUAAAGUUAUAGAAGUUGAUAAAGUUAUAGAAGUUAUAGAAGUUAAUAAAGUUAUAGAAGUUGAUAAUGAUAAAGUUAUAGAAGUUGAUAAAGUUAUAGAAGUUGAUAAAGUUAUAGAAGUUGAUAAAGUUAUAUUAGUUGAUAAAGUUAUAGAAGUUGAUGAAGUUAUAGAAGUUGAUAAAGUUAUAGAAGUUGAUAAAGUUAUAGAAGUUGAUAAAGUUAUUGAAGUUGAUAAAGUUAUAGAAGUUGAUAAAGUUAUUGAAGUUGAUAAAGUUAUAGAAGUUGAUAAAGUUAUUGAAGUUGAUAAAGUUAUAGAAGUUGAUAAAGUUAUAGAAGUUGAUAAAGUUAUAGAAGUUGACGAAGUUAUAGAAGUUGAUAAAGUUAUAGAAAUUGAUAUGCGCAUAAUAUAUCAAACGGGCUGA